ACUACCUUUCAAAGCCACAGCACCAGCUCGGCCAUCAACAGACUGGAGGGAAAUCAAACUUUCUGGAUCACAGAAGUAGAGAAUGAGUUUCAUGCUCACAUCCUGAAACAAGUGAAGAGUUGUGCACACCCGGACCAAGGUGACCCUGGCCAGCCUGGCAGCCCCUUCCACAUUCUGCCUGGAAAACCCCAAGAAAAGAUGGAUUCUGAGGGAGAAGACUGCACACUUCAGACAUGUAUCAACAGCCAAGUUCCAGCUGACUGCAUCCUUAAAACUCCCAGCAAAUAUGGGCCCAUGGUAAGGAAGAGGAGCGCCCAGGAAAGAGUGCAGGGUGCCCCUGUCAACAAGAGAAAGUCUCUGUUGAUGAAACCUCGGCAUUACAGCCCCAGCGAGGCGUGUGAGGAGGAGAGCGAGGACCUGGCGCAGCCACAGGACAAAGAGGAGCUGAGGAACAUUGACACUCCAGCAGACGGAGAUGUCGAGACACUUAAAGGGGCGCCCAACAGAAAUGGUUGCCUCCAUCCAAAGGAGUCCCAGGAUUCCUUUGGAUGGUCUGAAGUUGAGGCAGACGACUCCCCUGGAUGUGAGGCUGCAUCCUCUGAAGCUCUGCUGGAUGAAGACACCGGGGAGCAAAGGAACGAGGAGGAAGACCAGGACCGAAUGAGUCUGAGCUGCAGUUUGUCACCACACAAGAGCCCGUACGGAGACAGCAGAGAGGACGAGUGGGAGCCUCUGUCUCGCACAGUCAGACUGGGCGCUUCAAACAGCAGCCCGUCCAAUCACACCCAAGACCUCUCGGUGAAGAUGGGCCAACACAUGCAGGAAGACCCUGACUUAGAACUGAGAAACUCCAUGGGUCAAGCAGGCCCUUUCCAGGUUGAGGCACUGAGGUACCGGCAAGCCCCAAGUGAGGAGGACAGUGAGGGGGAGCCAGAGGUGGAGAGACCCCCCCGGCUGGAGGCCUGGAGUGUGGGCCUCCAGGAGAGAGCUCUGGAGAUGGACAGGGGGAGGAUGAACCUGAGCCUCCUGGAGCAGGCCAUGGUCCUGCAGUCAGAGCAGAGGCAGGUGCUCCACCACGCCUACAGGGAGAUGGACAGAUUCCUGCUGGAGCAGAUGACCAAUGAGAGGAGGCACCAGAGGCUGCUAGAUGUUGAUGCAAGAGUGGGUUACCAUGGAGGCAAAGACUCCCCACGAACAGAUAAGAAGGAUAUCAGGUGCCCAACCCCUGGUUGUGAUGGAACUGGUCAUGUGACUGGUCUGUAUCCUCAUCAUAGGAGUCUGUCUGGAUGUCCCCACAAAGUCAGAGUUCCCCCAGAGAUCCUGGCUAUGCACGAGAACGUUCUCAAGUGUCCUACCCCUGGGUGCACAGGAAGAGGCCAUGUCAACAGUAACCGCAGCACCCACCGGAGUCUUUCAGGCUGUCCCAUCGCUGCUGCAGUUAAGGUGCCCAAACCUCAGGAAGAGAGCCCCAGGUGUAGACCAGGGCCUGACCGAUCGCCCAGACCUCUAGGGCUGGUGAACAAGUUUGAGAUGAAUCAAUUUAGCUACAAGUUCCCCCAUCCUGUGGCUGCCUUGCAAGCCAACCUCAGCAAGGACAUGGACAAAUACAGCAAGAUCCGCUUUGACUACGCCAGCUUUGAUGCACAGGUCUUCGGCAAACAACCCCUGAUGGCACCCAACCAGGACCAAGAAAUCGCUUCACACUUCCCUGACUCUCCGCUGCAGUACCCUGGCUUCCUGGGCUCUCCUGGGACAGGCCUGCCCACGCCCGGAGCUCCUAGCCCACCCAACCAUUACAAAACAGGAAGUGAGGUGCUCCAAGCCUCGGCCGCCACUGCCGCCAUCCUUAACCUCUCCACCCGUUACCGGAACAACAUGGAGGCUGUCACCGGCCGGCCCCUGGCAUCCUCCACAAAGGAUGUGCCCAUCGAGGUGGAUGAAAACGGCACUCUGGACCUGAGCAUGAAGAAGGGCAGGGGCAGUAUGACACCCAAGGUGCCUUUAGGAGACGCCCUGACUCCUCCUGACUCCUUUUUGUCCCGGGCCGGAAGUGUGCACAUCAACCCGGCCCUCUACCAGGUUCUCUGUGAGAGAGAGGCCUGGGACACCCCACUGAACUUCAGCAAAGCACAAGGCAUGCAGGAUAGAGAGGAGGAUUUUGACGAUGCGUCUCUGGAUGACCAACACUACCCCGGAGACGCAAGCAUUUCAAGCCCCAAAAACAAGCUGCUACUAAGAGAUGCCAAGAAGGAACUCAUGAGCUGUCCAACCCCAGGCUGUGAUGGCAGCGGCCAUGUGACGGGAAAUUAUGCCUCCCAUCGAAGUGUGUCUGGAUGUCCGCUGGCUGACAAGACGUUAAAAUCACUAAUGGCAGCCAACUCUCAGGAACUAAAGUGCCCCACACCUGGUUGCGACGGAUCAGGACACGUGACUGGGAAUUAUGCCUCGCACAGAAGUUUGUCAGGAUGUCCACGUGCCAGAAAGGGAGGCUUGAAGCUUACACCAAACAAAGAUGAAAAAGACGACCAAGAAAUGAAGUGUCCAGUAAUUGGGUGUGAUGGGCAGGGCCAUACAUCUGGCAAAUAUACAUCCCAUCGCAGUGCUGGGAGCUGUCCCCUUGCUGCCAAGAGACAGAAGGAGUCCUCCAUCAAUGGACUGGCUUUUCCCUGGAAGGCGUGUAAGCAGGAGCUGCCACACUGUCCCUUGCCAGGGUGCAAUGGCCUCGGACACGCCAACAAUGUGUUUGUCACCCAUAGAAGUUUGUCUGGAUGCCCACUAAAUGCUCAGAGCAUAAAGAAAAAGCUGUCGGGAGAGGAGAUGAUGACAAUUAAGCUAAAAGCCAGCAGUGGAGUCGAAAACAAAGAUGACAUGCAACACUUGGAUCAUGAAAUCAAGGAGCUGAAUGAGUCCAACCUGAAGAUAGAAGCUGACAUGAUGCAGCUACAGACACAGCAGAUCUCGUCGAUGGAAUGCAACCUGAAGACAAUUGAGGAGGAAAACAAGAUGAUCGAACAGCACAACGACAGCCUCCUAAAAGAGUUAGCUCGUCUCAGCCAAGCACUCAUCAACAGCCUCACAGACAUCCAGCUUCCUCAGAUGGGGCCCAUCAGUGAACAUAAUUUCGAAGCCUAUGUGAACACAUUAACCGAUAUGUACAAUAACUCGGAGCACGACUACUCUCCUGAGUGCAAGGAGCUCCUGGAUAAUAUCAAACAGGCUAUUAAGGGCAUCCAUGUUUGAGCUGUAUUAAAGGCAUCCAUGUUUGAGCUGUAAAGCUACCAAAAGGUUUCUUUGACUUGGGAUAAUGGCACCUGUUAUCUCAAUUUUCUGGAGUGCUGGCUUGGUUGCAUGUAUAAGACAAGGCUUGGAAAUGUGUUCGACAUUUCUCCGUAAAUACAUUGCACUGAGAAAUUUACCAGCAGAGAUUUGUAACGCUUUUAACAUUUCUGCAUUCAUGUUUAUUCUGGUGAGAUUUUACCCCCCUUGCACUUAAUUAUUUUAUAUGGUUUGCUUGAUUUAAAGCUGUGUUUAGUUGAUUUGUGUCACUCUUAUAUUAUUGCUAUUUAUUAUCUUUGUUUAUCAAUGUAUUUAUUUCAACAAAUGUUUUAUUUAUUCCUAUGAUUGUAAAUGCUAAAUAUUGGGAAAUCCAUUGACUUUCUGCACAUUGUAAAUUACAUUAAAGCACAUUCCAAUAUCAAUCAUAGCUCUCUUUCGCCACCUAGUGGUGGAUAAUUGAUACAGCUCCCUCAAAACAAUUAGAAAAUCCCUUGAAGGUAUAAAGCUACCAAAAUAAUACAGCAACAAUAUUUUAUAAUUGUUGCUUUGGCUUUCUAUUUGUUAUUGAAAACUGAAUGUAUGGGAAGCUCAAAUGAACGCUAAAGAUCAAAAAUGCAAUGCAAAUGUACUGUACAUCUCAUGUUUAUGGCUAAGGACCACUUCAGAGUCACAUUCAGCCCUUGUCGAAAUGCAACAAUGUUUAUUUCAUUCAAUGAACCGGAUGUCAUAUUCAACAUUGCAUCACUUGUUACUAGAAUAGAGCCAACUGACUGCACCAGGAAAACUGAAGUCCUUUGUGAAGAUCUUUCUUUUUCUUCAACUAUAUAGAUAUUAAACUGCCUUCUGUGCACACACUGUGCAUAUAUGUGCCUAAAUGUAAAUUAAUACAUAAAAUAUACAGUACUAUGUUUUGUGGUAGGACAGUAUUAUGUGGAUGGUGUCUACUUUAUUAUACAGUUCAAUUAUUUUCAAAUGAGAUAAUGUUCCUAAUGACUGUUUAAAUGCCAUUUCAGAUAUCUAAGCAUUGUCUCUGUAGCUGUAAUCUCAAAGUCAGGUCUUGAAGUAUCACAGUUGAGAUUGAACAUUUUGUGCUUUUUUAUAUUUACUUUUUUGUCACUUAUCGAUUUAGCAGGAAGGCUUAAAGUAGAAACAACACAAACUAUCAUGUGGGCUGAUAAUGUGCAUAUUCUGUUUCUGUAAAGACACAUUUGGUUAUUUUGAGCCAUAUUUGAUUCUAAUUUCUACAUUUGUUGAAAUUUGGAUAAAAUAUAAUCAUGGACAACUGUCAUUACCAUACGUUAUAAGUUAUAUCACUUUCACUUAUUGCAAAAAAAGAAACUAACAUGAUAUUGGUGAUUCUUGUUUAUUUAUUCACCUUUCUAACCAGAUUGUGAAUCAGUUGCACUUUUACGUUUGUGAGUUAUCUAUUGCCCUGGGGAACCAGAAAAAAAAGAAAAAACAUUCUUGUUUUUGAGCCAUUGCAAUUGAUGUCACAGUACACUGUUAUUUACUGAUUUGCAUGGAUUUAUAGUCUUGAAUACAUUGAGUUGGACUUGAUCGAUUAAUUUCCUAAAGAGAAAAAGGUGCGUAUCUGCAAAAAAAAAGGAAAAACUCAAAAUUGAGGACAUGUUGAGAUAAACAAUUACUUUGUCUUUAUCACAAUUCUCAACAUAUUUUAGAUCAUUUCUAACAUUAACACUCAAAACAGAAUCAAAUCUUUUGCUAACAUUUUGUUGAUUCAUAAUUUGUGAUAUUUAAUUCCUAUACCACACAUUGUUUGCUCAGGAAGUUUUGUGAAGAAUAUUUAUUUUUCCCUGUUAGUAUUUGAUGUUUUGUAAUGUGAACUGGAUUUUUUGUGGAAUGAUAUUAGUAUGAUGAAUCGCUAUUGUACUUUUUUUCCUUUUUCAUUAAAACGUAAUGCUUUUUCAGUUCAAGUAGUUUGUAAAUUGAAAGUUCCUAUUACUUUUACUAUUUCAUAAUAAGCAGAUAUGCGCUGUG